CAGGGUUUUAUAUUGGUUGCUGUGUUUUUUUCUCGUCUUGCUGUCUAGCCUUCAAACUUAAAAAAGAAAAGCAGAUAAGUCGACAGUCAGCACAAAGUCCAAGACUCUACGGCAGUGCUUGGUUUCUAUGUCUGUCUUUUUGUUAGUUUAAUUGCCGGUCGAACGCACCGCUGGAUCUUUCUUUAUUGAUCUCUACAGCAUCCAGCUUUAUUAUAACUCGUUGUAUGCAGUAGUUUUCUUUUAAUCGUGAUGACUUUGGUUAUUAUCGGCGCAGGAGCUGCCGGUUUAGCGGCCGCAUCCCGGCUUGUUGAAAAAGGAUUCGAUCCUGCUCGAAUCACGAUCCUAGAAGCAGAAAACCGAAUAGGUGGUCGGAUUUUCACCGUUCAACAUGGCUCGAGCCUGAUUGAAAUUGGUGCGCAAUGGGUCCAUGGGAAGGAGGGUAAUGUCGUUCAUCCAUUAGCCGAGGCAGCUGGUGAAAUACGGACGGACAUCCACACUCUUGAAUCGACUGGUUACGCGGAUGAUGUGGAAAUGGUAUAUAGAGACGGACGCAAAAUCACUGCAGAUCAGUUGAAAGAAUUCAAGGAGAUCUUACAAAGAAUUUACGCUGAUUCGAGGCGAGAACUAGCCCAAUGGAAAACAUCGUUAGGGGAAUAUUUUGAGUACAAAUUCGGUAAACAUCUGGAUCAAGGAUCUUUUACGACCAUGGAUCGAGCAACAGCUUUGGAUCUUCUGGAUUGGGCACACCGAGCACAAAAUAUCGAAGAUGGUUCCGACAAUUGGAUGGAGACGUGUGGAGUGGGCUCUUUGGAGUACCACGAAUGCGUUGGAGAUUAUACUACCGUGUGGAAACGCGGUUACUCUGCUCUAUUUGAUAUUUUAAUGAAAAAUGUUCCCAAGAGAAACAACGGAUUGCAACUUCCGCUGUCGGACAGAAUCCGCUUAAAUUCACCCGUCAAUCUUGUUAGAUGGAAUCCAGAUCGUCCCAACUGUAAGGUGGAAGUAGUUUGCAGCGAUCAGACGUAUAAUGCUGACAUGGUCCUUAUCACAUGUUCGCUCGGAGUGUUGAAGGAUAGAGCUGACAAACUGUUUACUCCUUUAUUGCCUGAAAAGAAGAGGAAAGCCAUUGAAGGCAUAGGCUUCGGGACGGUAGAUAAAAUUUUUCUUGAAUUUUGUAAACCUUGGUGGAAUCAGCAAUGGGGUGGAGUCAAUUUUUUGACGCAGCAUUCGAAAGCCACCGGCGAUUGGGUUGAAAAAGUGAUGGGAUUCUCUACAGUCCGCGGACAACCAAAUUUACUUAUAGGAUGGAUUAGUGGGCCAGCUGCACGGAUUUGUGAAACCCGUCCCGAAGACGAGGUGAUGCGGAAAUGUUCUGAACUGCUUCGAAACGCAGUUGGCUCGGAUUUCGUUUACGAAGAGCCAACGCGAAUGAUCCGCUCGUUAUGGCACAGCAAUCCUAAUUUCUGUGGGUCGUAUAGCUAUCGGUCAAGGAAAAGCAAAGAUCUUGAUGUUUGGGCAUCUGAUUUAGCUGAACCCAUCAGUGAUUCCCACGGGCUUAUUCGAUUGCUCUUUGCUGGUGAAGCAACUCACGACCAUUGUUAUUCAAAUGUACACGCAGCGGUCGAAACUGGCUGGCGAGAGGCUGAUAGAAUCUUUGAAAUGGUAAAUAAUUCUCCGGCUCCUUCCAAACUGUAGUUGAUACCCCAUCCCAUGGAAGUUUCAUUGUUGGUAACGGCAUAAACUGUAUUGCGAGGCCCAUGCAUUUCGACACCUGAUAAUUUCAGUGUGAAUAAAGGCACUAGCAAAUUUGAGUCCA